UAACAAACAUAGUGGAAAUCAACAAAUGGAAUCUUGAGACAGGUGAAGCAGCUUUUUGGCAGCUUAUAAAUACUCUUCAUUUCUACCACUUCACUACCAUCCACCAUUCCUCAGUUUUUCUUCCUCUUUUGCAACUCUAUCACUUUCAAUGACAAAAACCGUUUCCUCCCAAGAACUCUCAAACUUGGAUAUAUGGAGUUCAAUUUUGGAACAAAAUAACAAAGAUGAAGCUUCACAAUCAAACACCACUCCAUAUAUUCACCCACUUGUGAAAAAAACAAAAAGUUAUUUAAGUGAAAAGAGUCUUGAAAUUUGCACCGAGAGCCUUGGAUCAGAAACCGGUUCAGAUGGUUUCUCUUCUUCUUACACAUCAUCAUCAUCUGAGGAUGAUGAAAAAUUGAAAGAAACAGCGAACAUGGUGAAGAAGCCUCGCUGUUUUCCUCCUCCACUUUCUUCACUCACUACUCAAACUCAACAACUUCAUAUGAGGCCCCACCGCGACAAUGGAAGAUUGUUUUUGUUCCUACAAGUUGCGUCGGUUCCUUCACGCAACAGCUUCGCCGCUACGCGACAGAACGGUCGCCUUAUCCUCACGUUUGCUAAUCAUGAUGAUGAAGAAAUCCAUGAUGAAAAUGAGACUGUGACAGAGCAACCGUGUGCUCUUAGUUUAGAAUUAGCGGUUAAUAAGGCAAUUGGGCUAGUUAACAAGAAACCAAAAUGGUCAGAAAAACUCAACAAAGUGACCAAUUUUGAGGAUGUUAAAGCUGUACAACAUGGUUCGAAUUCGUUGAUUCUGAUGAAUGGUUAUCAAUAUUGUGAACAUCAAAAUAGUAAUAGAAACAAGGUUGUUGUCUAUGGGAACAUGAACAUAUAUCAAGGGUCAAAUGAAGCAACACAAGAUUCACAUCAGUUGUUUGUUCACAAUAGGAAGCUUUGCAAGGAUUCUAGAACGACAAUGCUUAGUGAAUAUUUUAUUUUCUCUCCUUUAUGUUCCACUCAAUUUUCUUAUUAUAUAGUUGUGGUCAAAAAGGAAGAAGAGACUAAGGAAAUUGGUAAAGUUGGAAAAAGAGGAAGAAGAAGAAGAUGCAGGUGCAUCCUUGACUAG